AUGACAUCGACGACAGCACCAUCAACAGCAGGCAUUCCUUCGUACGACGACCAUCGAAUAUCUCCUUCACGGCUCUCGCCUCCUUCUACGUCCUCAACGCCCUCCCUCACGCUACCCUCCGUCCCCAUCAUCACCUCCAUGACGAGGCAAGGAGACAGACUUUUGGAAUUUCAGCUAUGGCACCAGUACAUAAGCAGCACGUCCAAGACUUUGGUUAUGAACUCCCCUGCUAGUACGGACAUUUGGCAAAAGGACGUCCCACGCUUCGCUUUGGAGGGGAGAACGUAUCUGAUUGACGCGGUUCUCUCUGUCGCUGCGUUACACUUGCGCUUCAAGAAUCCCGAAGAUAAGGUUAUGAUUGAGGCAUCCCAUGCCUACUCUGCCUCUACCUUGGCGGAAUAUUGCCGCUCACUGAACAAGGGUAUCACCGCGGAAAAUGCCGACGCCCUGUUCCUCACUUCAUGUCUUAUCGCGUUCCAGGCCACUGCUUCUCGUCUGUUCAUCAAGGAGGAUAGCGACCUGACGGAUCCGAGCGAAUCGCACCGGCGGUAUGCAUUGCCUCUUUCUUGGUUUCAUGCUUUCCAGGGCGUCAAAACCAUCGUCGCCACAUCUUGGCAAUGGAUUCGAAACAGCGCCACACUCAAAGUGGUUAUCGACUCUCAGCCUGGCUCCAUGUUGGAUCUGAAUCCGCUUGGGCCAGAAUCCUUUUUUGGCCACCUUCUCGAUGAUCUAGACGAAGAGCUAGAGCAGGAAGAUGAGAGUAACAGAGCCGCAACCAAUCAGGGCUACUUCCAUGCUGUCUGUGUUUUAAAUUGGGCCCACAAGAAUCAGUACGCUCCCUCUGCAUUGGCACUUCCGUCAACUGUAUCACGUCGUUAUGUUGAGCUUGUUGAGGCUAAGAGACCUCGCGCGCUCGCCAUUCUGGCCUGCUUCUUUGCAUUGCUCAAGCGUAUGGAUAACGUAUGGUGGCUGGACGAUGUGGCUCGUCGAGAGGUUAUGGGCCUUGUGAGUCUAUUCGAGACUGGCUCGAAAUGGUGGAGGCAUCUUGAAUGGCCGAUCCGAAUCGCUCUAUGGGACGGAGAGGCUGAUGCCAUCCCGGCUGAUAUAUGGGGUGUGGAGCGGAAGGAGAACCCUCCUGCAGACGGAGGCGUGCUAUCCGCCGAGACGAUAUUGAAUCAUAUCGACCUUAUGGCCAAGAUGAUGGACAGUACCCAAGGGCCGCAGUCAAUAGAGUCCAUCCCCGUGGUGGGAGACUUGGAUGGCUUGGUUCCACCGCCACUCGACUAG